AUGAAACCGAAGGCGAUAAAUCCGCUCACAAUUCCAGUAGCAAAGAAUAAGGUUUUAUCAAAGUACGAAGUGAAUGAGAGGGAUUUUGAUGGUGAGGGAGCAGAAAUUGAAUCGGCUGUGGCUGAUUUUUCACCACCUUUUGACGAUUUUGAAUUAGCAGCGAACGCCGGGGCUGCUAAAACGAUAGCGCACACGAUCAAGAUAACAAGAGUGAAAGAAAUAAUGAACAGAAAUGCGAGAAAGUGGUAG